AUGAUAACUGCUGCUGUUCGCAAUUUAAUCAACCUUACAGGGUAAGCACGGAGAGAGAGAGCCAAAAGGCACAACGGUACGAGUGAGUUCCGUAACAGAAUCGGUGAGCGCCUCUCUACCAUUGUACAUUCCGACAGGACAACAAGCCCAUGGCCCAUUGGUUAGAGGCGUUGGACUUCUAACCAACAGGUUGAGGGAUCGAGCCCCAGGUGUUCCACAAUUCGGGGUUGGGUAUGACUGGCUGACUACAAGCCAGACAUGGCCAUUCCAGCCUCCCUUGUCUUCGUCGGUAAUGUUAUUCUGCAUAAAAUAAGGAAAGUCUCUCUCAUAUUAAGAAAUUGUAUUCGAAAGUCAGAUCUAUCGUAGUUAUUCUGAGCUGACGGCAAUUUUUUCCAGAAACGCUUUUGUCGGAAUCUUUGGUAUGUACGGCACUCUUCGUGCGUGCAGUUUACUAGAUGCCACGUAUACGGCCUACAGUUUUUUCUGCCCACCUUCCGACGAACCUCCAUUAUUUUCUAGCCCAGAGUUUGUCACCUCUUUAAGGUGGGUGUAGAAUCAAUCGUCAUCCGGCUUGCAUAUAAAACAGGAACGUAUGCAUCUACUCAACAAACAAAAGGAUCUAAAAAGCAGCUUUACAUUUCGACCCUAGUAUUCUGCUGUUGGUUGCCAAGCAACACCCGGGAGUUUGGGCUUCCGGAUCUUGCCUGUUGGUGUGGCAGCCAGUGGUAAUUUUGUAGUAAUCUAACUGGCUACCAUCACGGUCGCUAAAUUCUCUCGUAAAUCGUUAUUCUUAGAGGAAAUAGCGAUCGCUCCAGGAACUCUUGAGCCCAAAUUUUGCGGGAUUCUACUCAACUUUGGCGUGCCUUCCAAAUGACUAGAUACUGGCGUUUACUGCUACGUUUAAAUUAUUUAUAUUUGUUUGAGUUAAUAGACGAUAGCGUACAUCAACACUGUUCUUCAGAGCAAUUAAUUUCCCGCAGGAAGUUUGGUGCGUUCGCGUAUUCGGCAGCAUACCUGGAUCUCUCGAGCUACUUUUAUGCUAAAAAUUUGAUCCUGUAAAACAGCGCUGAUUUCCCGUAGUGCUGGAAGCACUGCUAUUUAUAGGAUUGACCACUUUUUUAGGUCUUUUGUGACAAAGUCUGGCUUUAGUGAGCUCCGUGUGAGACCUUAAUAGAUAGUGGCAAUGUUUAGGUCGCCCAUAUCGUAACGCGAAUAAGAGUGUUAUGAAGCAUCGUCCUCACUUUGAAAAUGUCCUCGCCAGCAUAUUCCAAUUAUGGCAGAAGUCUACACACAGGAAACCAGACUGGCGUCCAUUUUUGAAUUGCAUUCGUUGUCGAAAGAACAUUUAGCUGACACCCUUAAUUUCUUUGGGGAUUAGUGCGCAACUAUGGAGGAAAUUCUGCGGAACAGACUUUUGUAGUUUCUGCUCGAAUUUUACCCCGACUACUUGAGUUGAAUUUCAUUAGCUUUUGUGGAAUAACCACAAACGGACGGACUGUAAUUAGCAUAGCCAUACCGUGUGAUUCACCAUACUGGCAGUGCAGGUACUAGCUUGAACCCCGACAAGUGAUCCGCCGAUUUUGUCGCACUGUAUGACACAGGUCCGAGGGGUUCGGCCCAACCGUGAGUUCUCAAGCAUGUGCUUACUGGAAUGUACUCCUAUUUUCGAUCCCAUUUUUUCUAGUACAUGGGUUAAAUCCGUCGGAAUAAACCCCUCUAGACUCGAAGAACGUUAAAAGCCAGCGUGCAUAUUAGAAAGCACUUUGAAGACUCUGGAAAACGCACCGGUGUGCCAAGUCAGUCUCGCCUACGGCAUACGACUGCACAAAAUUAAUGAAAAACUUGUCCGAGCUUUUUAGCUAGUACUUGUGCUAUUAAUAUGGCGAAUCACUCAGAAAGUGCAUUUUAUCCCGUCUAGCUGUCUCAACUACAUUUGUGACGCCGGCUUGGUUGGGUUAGGAGAAACAGAUUUUCUACCGGUCCAACAGUCUCUCCGGUCUCUUCUGCUUCCGCAUCCUUAAUGACCGAUGGGGUGUUGAUCGUGAAAAAGAGGGGGGUGAAGUGGUGACGCUGGUGACGAACGCGUCUUUUGAAACCGCUCAGUUCAGUCGCUAUCAUAUCUUCACAUCCACUAUCAUCAGUAACGCCGUUAGAGGUGAGGAAUCUUCGGAUGGAAUUGCGCCAAGCAGAGAAUACGGUGGAGCGUUUGGUGGCGAAGUGCGAGAACGGAAUGGAUAUUUGAGCUCCCUUCAUGUGGCACAUGUCAGGGUUCAGGCAUUUGAAGACGAGACAGUGAUUUUGAGUCUCCGGAUGGCGAACCGCUAGUCUCUUUCGCGAGCAAGCUCGUUGCAGACCGUGUGUGAAGUUCAUGUGUGCAAACACAUCUCCAGGCACGUAUUCUCUCGGGAUUUUCUGGCAACAUGUCGAGCCUCUCUUCGGGGCAUUGCUGUUCGUCAGCAGAGAAUGUCUGACGUCAUUUCAACUGUUACGUUUAACGGAGAACGGGAAUGUCUAAAAGCGGCCCAGUCACUUAUUCGCACAAUUACAUUGGGUUCAGGACCAAUAAGUCAUACGCACUCCGAAGCAGUAGUCUUUUGUGCGACGUCACCUAAGUUCAAAAGCCGUGUUUGACAGGUUACUGAUAAGUCAAUCCCAUAGAGGAACUACUUCUUCUUGGCGUGCUCCUAGUUUGGCUCAAAAUGGCUUGUCUCCGCACGCAGAUGCACUUAAACGGAAUCGUUCCGAUCCAGAAUGAAAUCUUUUUGAACCUAGGACUGCCCUGUCUGACAUAUAUUAUUUGUCAAGUGACUGUGAUUGUCUUCAGCUGGUCAUAUUUUCCUGAUGGUAUUCAAAAUAUUUCAAAUUUUAUGCACAGUUUCUACAGAACUGCGACAUUUCGGGCGGUCAUUUGCAUACGUUUUAGACGAAAUCCAUAUCCUGAAAUCUAAAAGAUCAGUUCCAAAACGGAACUUCAAAAGAUGCGUAAAGUAGGAAAGGUCUUGGGAAGCGUAGUACUCCAUUUCCAGGUGUCGUUUUUGAUGAAAACGCAAUCUCAGCUCUGAAGAAGAAUGUGAGCAAAUCAGACGUCAUAAAAAUCUGAUGAUUGUGCGCGGAGAUGUGAAUCUUAAUAUAACAAGUGGUCGUGUCCUAACCUGAAAGGGAUUAGGGCCAGGCCUAGUGUCGGUGUCCACGUUAGGACUAGGGGAGUUGAGAUCAGAGUUAGGGUUGGGCUAUGGUUAGGGCUAUAGGGAUUACCGUUGACGUAAGGAUUAGGGUUAUAAUGAGGACAGGGGAAUCGGUGCCACUGUACUACAUGCGAUCUUGUGCUAAAUGAAAUGUCUGCACAAGUCUGGGUCGCGCUACCCUGUUUUCUCUCAGAAACCCCCGUGAAUAAGAUGCCGUACCUGCUCAGGAAUUGUGCGCUCCAAAAAUGCUAAGGUGCCAUGAAUACGUCUCAGGUUUUACUUAUAAAUUGUUUUAUCCACUGGUAGCAUUAAAUACGUUUUACUUAAUCUGCAUGUUUACACGUACAAAGCUCUGGGUCGGCUUUGGGGAAGAUAGUUGAUGACUGAGUGAAAUUCGAUUCAAGCCAAAAUCAUAGUCAUGACGAAUUCCGCACCUAAAUGUCUGUCAUUACUUCCGAAUAGGAUAAUAUCGUUAAUAGAUUUGCGCAGAGUAUAUGUAGAUGGCUGUGAAUGGGAAUACGAAAGUGCAAAACUAUAAGCCUACGGAAGACGUAAUUCAGGCCACUGUUUUGAAACGCGAUGUCAAUUUCUUGUACGCAAAGCUAAGUAGGGGACGCGCGGUCCUGCUUUAAUACAGGCAACUCAGGUCUUCUGUUGAAAUCUGAAUUUUAAGGUUUCGUGAAGGACGUGGCCGCCACGGAGGCGUUCGAAUUUCUUUGGGCAUUACUUGACCUCACAAGAACUGCUCUGGCUUGACCCUCAUAAUUGGGCCCUGUCUUCCAACAUGCACAUCACCAAGUUAUCAUGUACUGACCGCAAUUAACUACCAAUUCACCGAAGUUUUUACAUGAAUGACCCAAAAGGUCUACGGUGAACAGUGAUUCACGUCACGCACAUGGGCGCACCCACGUGAACUGAGCUCAACCCCACAUUCUGCUUGCGCCGACAGAAAUUUUUGAGUUACGCACGAGCCAAUGAUUUAUCCGUCUUAACUCUUCUCGAAUGUGAUUGGUGGAUGAGACUGAAAGAACGCAAGCUGGCAAAACAGCCUUGGCGCACUUUUAACGGAGUGAUCUAGUUGCCACGUGGAUAGCUGGGGUCCAUUCUACGACAGCAAGAGCCGUAAGCAGAUUUGAUUCAUUUGUCGCAUGUGUUUAUGCAUCUAUUAGGGGAAACUACGACGACACAUGCACACUACACGCAGACGAUUCCUUGGAACUGUCUUUGAUACAUUUAACAGAUUCUUGAUUAAAUUACCAUGAAUCGGCCUGUUAGUUUUGUGUUAUUUGUGACAGUCCCAGUUCUAAGAAGAACAUUUAAGUCUCUUAUCCCAAAUCUGCUCCAUCCGGCACAUUCAAAGAAUAGAACCAAGACACGAUAGAUGGACAAGGUAAAGUCAACUGCUUCAGCAAACUGAGUGUGAGUGCACUCUAAAAACAUCAAAAACGCUUAUAUGAAUAAGGCUGUCAGAUGAUAUCUGAGUCAGCUGCCACCAGAUAUACACAAAAGGCUGUGGUUCAUGUUAAGUUUCAAGUGGGCGAAACAAUUAGUCAGAAUGUAGUAUGUGAAUUUGAAGUAGUUCAGAGAACCCGAGUCACUUUGACUAAAGUGCCUUGUCAACAGCUGUACUGCCCAGCAGACUUCUUUUCGAUAAGAAGCGGAAGCGAUCUCUGAAACACGGGCUUUAUUCGUCUGACGUUUCGGAUUCACGAUCGAGCUCAUCAUCAGAGAUAGUAACGAACGCUGGCUACUGUUACUGUCUCUGAUGAUGGGUUUGAGCGCGAAUCCGAAGCGUGAUGCGAAUAAAGCUCUUGUUCCAGCGAUCGCUUCUCUUCUUAUCAACUAGUUCCCGGAACGCGUAUCUUUGCUUAUAUCAGGCUGCCUUUUAAUUGGAAAGGAGAGUUGUGCCGAUAUGGUAUACACUAACGCAAAACUUUAUUUUCAAAGAAAGUGCUUGCUGACACAAAGAGGUUAGUAUUCUCUGCGGGCACUUUGGUCAGUGCACCGAGAUUAACCGUGAAAAGGGAAGACCUGACCGACUUUGUCUUACUUAAACCGAAACAAGGCAUGUGGGUUGUAGAUAAUCCAAAAUACGGGGAAAGGAAGGGCUUCCACGUCAAAGCUUGCGGUACACAGUUCGGGGGAUCCAUUAUCCAAACACAAGCCUUAUGAAAAUCGACAGAACAUUUUCACCUUUUUAACAAGCCCUGUUUCUACUUAGUGCUCGCAUAGCGACUACUCCUCAAAGUUACAUUUGAUAUGUGGGAUGGUGCAUAGGCUAAAGAUGACAUCUUACGAGAGUUACAGAAAAACACAAACUGUGAAGUUUGCGAAUGAACCUUAGGAACCCCUGUUUCCCCUCUGACUACUCAGAUGAUAUGCCUCUUUGGAGAUUUAACCUGUUAGCUAAAGAGGUUCUAAGCUAUCCGUCAAUUGAUUCCUAACUUUCGAAGAGGUCAAUCACAGACAGAAAGAUGUCUAUUUAGUGGUUUCAUGUGAGACGAAUUCCAAAAUUCCGCCGUCUCCGACAAACGCAUAAUUUGCUAGGGGUGCUGUUUUAUAAAGGGGAAAGCGGAUAGGCACGAUUUGGUGUACAACGUUUAGUCCCAAUGUAUCAUGGCUUUCAUAUCCCUCCCACGUGGGUUAUAGUCCGCAGGCCAAGUAGAAAUUAUUAUAUAUUUGCGGAAUCUCAGCAUAGGGUCUGAGAUGGUGGCAAUGGAAGGAGGUGAAAAAUAAGCAUAAAGGUUGACGCCCGUCAGGUUCAAUGUGGGCCCUACUAUACGUAGAGACCGCCAGUUACUGUUCUGUAUGCAGAGUACAAGGUUCUCGAUUCGUAGGUUAUUAUUUCGAAUGUCGCCGAGCUAAUUUCUUCCCUGACUACCUGGUGUUCAACGAAACAAGUGUUGGCGUCCGCCUAUGAUUCGCUUUCUACCAUGUACUCCAUGUUAGGUCUUUAGCUGCUCUCUCGAUAGCUUUUAACCAGCCAGACUGACGGACAUUUAUUAAGCACUGCUCGGUCGUUCGCCAGAUGCAUCAUUGUCAGCUAACUUUCUAGGAGGAGAGCAGACUUUUAAAUACGUCGAACUCUAGCAUUCUUAUACCCAUAUCCCAUCUUGCGAAUUUCAAGCUUCAUUAGGUUUUCUUGAACAUCCCUCUGGAUUCGAGCUCGCGUUUUUGUCCGAUUAUUGGCCGAUUAUUACUAAUUUAAGCAUAAUUACUGCCCGAUGACUGCACACGCCAAAUUUAGUCGCAGUUUGCACAGAGUCUGGCUACAAAUCUGCUCAGUGAUCUCUUAACGCAAUCACUGAUUGUUAUCAAUGCAAUCAAGAAUAAUUUGGCCUAUCCUAUUUCACCUAUAGUAAUGUUUCGUUGUAGUUUCAGCAUAAAGCCCUUUUGCAUAGCGCACUCACAGUAUAGAUUUCAAAAAGAUGCAAAAUUCAUGUUUCAAACGAAGUCUCGUUGUGGUUUGGUGUUAAAAAUACGAAAUUUCGGAAUUUAGCUGAGAGUCGUCUGAUAACAUUAAGAAAUAGCGAAUUCCGUUAGGUAACCAGUUUUUAGGUGGACACAAUCAGUAAGGUUGUGUCAAGGAAAAGCCAAAUAUAGGCCUUCUUGAGGCUGGCUUUUGUGCGGCUUUGCUUAGACGACCGGCCAGUCCUAUGUCCUGUACUUGUGGAUUUGUUACAUAUUUGGACUAGUUUUCUCUCGAAAUGUCGUUAAACAAAGGCCUUAUUGUGCUUUACUUCAUAAUAACUCGAACGAGGAUAUUGAACAUAUAAUGUUAUAUUGAAAACCCCUUAAAAUGAGUUAAAUACUAUCAGUCAAGGCACCUUGUUGCACUGACCCCUCUUCGAAUAAGUGGCUCGGCAUCACCCUUUUUAUUAACUUUUUCAAAUUUCAAAACUGGAGUGAGUACUUUAUGUCAGGCAGUUAAUGUAAGUUCAAGAAGGGUUUGAACCAACCCAAAUAUUUUUGUGUUUUCCAUGAGUAACGUAUAGCUCCCCUCUGCAGCUCUGCGUCCGUUUCCGUAACCUCCGUGUCUUUCGAACUUUUGAGCAGCUAACCCUUCCGUUGGCAGUCUACUUUCUAUUGCGUCUAAUUUUCCCAAGACCAUUUGAUAAAAAGCGUAAACGGUCACGGAACUCUUUCAAUGACACACUCCUUAACUAGUUGUUUGGAGACGGCUGCUGCAUGAUAGGACCGGUCUAGCUUUUUGUUAUUGUUAGAGCUGUCCUUGUCCCCUCAUACUAUACAUCAUUUGAGACUAGAAGAUUUACCGACAUGCCUCUAAGCCUCUGUCGUUGACCUGAUUAAUUCAGUUUAGAUUUUCUCUUUAUCGGUCACAAGUUCCAAUUCAUGACGGGAGUUAUACGGUCAGCGACAAAAUCGACAGUCAUAAAGCCUAUGCAAGCAACCAGUCAACGGACAACACUUUGACCUCAAAGGGCUAGAAGGCGUACUGUCAUAGAGCUAAGCCUUCACCAUCGUCCUGAAGCAAUUCGCUAGCCGACUGCGAUGUGCCUUACCAACCACUUGUGCACAUCGAUCAACAAGUUGGCAAAAAGACAGGAAACUAGCUUUCCCUAGCACUUAGAUCCGGCUGGUGUUUGGUAGGAUCACCAAUUUUUAUCAAAAAAUCAUGGAAGUUUAGUGGCAACCACCCUACGUCCCCCAGAAAGAAUGCGUGCCUACCGAAGUAAUCCGGCUGUCACGCUUGCGUCUGCUAGACGUGUCCGCUUUAAGCGCCUACUGACGAAGACGGCCUUUAUGGGACUUAGCAGAAUUCGGUCUACGUGACCAAGGAAGCUUAACUUCGACCGUGGUCUGUUAAAACUGAAGGCAGUGAGCAGUCUCUUACGAAACUGCUGAGAUGAAUGCACGCGCGCAAAGACAACUCAUGUCACCGACUUUGGCCUUUUGCGCCCCUGGAAAAUUAUGAACACCUAGUUUAUGCUUUCCCCGCAGCAGUUUCUUCUUAGUUCGUGGUAGUCGGUGAAACUUCCUUCCUGCAAUAAUUCUCCUCCAAUCACGGACUCCCAAAUCGGCUGUGGGAGGAAACAUAGUGCCUGCCCUUCCCUGGAAUUUCGAGCUAUAAAUCUACUUGUGAUCGAAAUUUCUGCGAUGACCUUCGGCCCCUGAUCAGAUUUAUUCAGAUCUUGGUUUGCUGUGGGUGGUUUGAUCCGCAAAGUUGUCCGUCAUAUCCCGCGCGCAAGCCCAGAAAUGAGCCACAGAGGCUGUUUGCUAAAAGCGGCCACAAGUGCCACCGGACCUACAUCAAGAUGCUUGAUCGUCGCGAGUAACGCAUUCAGGCUGCCUUUUCCCGAUCUGCGGUUUUCCGAUGAUCGUCUUGCAAUAGCGGUUUCUAAAUCCCGACUAAAUCUAUUGUAGGCUCACAGUUUUGACCCCCUAAGAGCUAUGCUCAUUUGGUACGUUCAUAGUCUGAUGCGGCAGUCCCACGAAGCGACCUAUAUCACUUUCAUUCUCUGCUCAGCGUAUUUCAAGACUUUACAUGUAUGGGCUGUGGCUUGACUUGCACACUGUGCAAAUGUCCGAUAGUUUACGCCGUCCUGGCCUCGACAUAGGAGAAGCACCAGGCAUCCUGAGGCUAGGUCCCCCAGCAACCUCUCGUGUACAUACUAUUAUGUAAACUCCAGCUUUCUUACUGGCCUUUUUAAUUUUCUCGAGAUGUUAUGAGCAAAGAUGGAGUAAAUCCUAGUUUAUUUGGAUUGUCUCCGAAGUUGUUAUGAAUAUUUGGACUGAAAUCCGUCACUUGCUGCAGAACAAUCGUAAAAUAUUCAUAUGCUGCCUGUGGGUCGUCAUUAGUAUACGGACCCACAGUGCUCCACCAUACUAGAUUCACAGCUGAAAGGGUCUGUGGGCCUGUCGUCGUUUCCGACCAUGGUGGUCCCGAAUUGGCGUUUUGUCCGGGAUAGAUGGCUAGUCAAGUCAGGGUGAAUCUCGUGCUAACUAGUAUUCGAAACUAUCUGAUCAAAUGUGCUGAGCUUUCCUUAAUAAGUGGAGAGAGCUUGUAAUCAUUUUGCAGACAACGCUUUUACGAGCAGACGGACGGCACUUUCCUGUCGUUUCUACCGUCAAAAUUCAGCCAGCACAAAGCUGGAUUCGUAACCGAUAUCAUCUGUACGGAAGCACUUUUCAUUGUUCGGGGUCUUAGCUUCACUUCGGGAUCCGUAAACGUUUGCCUCUAUCGCGCAGGCAAAUUUAUGCGAGAAUUCGUCUAACGAAAGGCCUCAGCGGGUUCCCUAUCUGUGAGAGCUUUUGCCCGAACACACUAAACAUGAAACUUGGAAGUAUUGUUAUCUUACUGAGGCUCAAAUACCAGAAAUGGCCAUCGCCGUCUCGUUUAUCUUCGUUGCUAUUCCCUAUCGCUCCUCAGAUUAGCUCAUUCAAGUUGGAAAAUUAAUUUUCGAUCAUUAUAACACAACCCCUGAAGUCCUUUUAGCAUCUGAGUUGCUACCUCAAGUUCAAAUCUGCUCUAUCUGCUUCAGCCAGCUCAUUCUCACGUGCAUUGACAAUUGUUCUGCCUAAAUAUGGGGGCUACUGAUUACUGCAUGAAAAGCUAUUACUAGAUCUAAUCAGUGUCAUGGGUAUCCAGAACUAGUGGUGAUGAAAGAGUAAGCUUCCCUGUUUGGUGGUGACGCAUCGUCUUUUCCCCGACGUUUUGCCGUUUCAAGAUCAUAAAGAUUCGUUUUCUUUGCUCGCAAGCUAAUGUCUGCCUACUGCCUUCAGUUCGUCAGCUGUCUCCUAAAAAUAUUGAGGGUCGCUAAUGCACUUUUUACCCAUGUGACCUUCAAAAAAACAAUAAAGCUCUAUUAUGAUGCAUAACCCGUGUCUUGUGAUCGGCAGAUCUGUAGUUAGUAAAGAGUGACCGAGGCGAAGGUAAAUCAGAAAUAUCUUCCCUCGUUAUCGUUUAAAUGGCGAACACGCGAAACAGUGAAUUCAUUGGAAGUACGAACUCUUAAUUAAAUGCAAUCAUUUAAGGACAUCCCUUUCCUGUUGCGCUUUAGACUGGACCUGGAAAUGCCGGGUUUCUGAGGACAUUCGUUGAAAAUAAUCUUUUUAAAUUCAACCAUGCGCCUAUUCUCCAUUUCUAUUCGGAUUUUGAAUUGUGAUCUCGACUUUACGUAGCUCACUGGCGUCGUAACAGUAAUUACUUGGUGGAGAGGAAACCUUUCUCAAUUCUCCAAUAAAUGAAAAACGGUCAAUUUCCUUAGGUCUCUUGUUCUUAUUCAUAUAAUGUUUAGGGUUUGGAAGGUUUUUAAAAGUCCCCGGGUGGCGGAUUAUCUCAACCCCCAGGGUUAAUUCAACUGAUAACCGCCUACUAAUUUGUCAGAUGAUCCAUUUACACUCGAUACGAUGGAUUUAAUAUAACAUGCAAUUAUAAUUCACUCAAACACAAGCUUUCAACUAUUUCCUUUGGUCAUUGCAUAUAGAUGGAAUCAGUAUUCAUGACGUUUUUUAAGAUAUUGCCAGAUGAUUUAUAUAAUUCUACCAUAUUUCGAUUGAACGGCCCUUUUGGUACUAUCGGAAUUACAUCAGUAGAUACAGAAAUGAUGUCAGAUUAAUUAGGAAAAGUGGGAAUGUUAAUGACUCCAGAAAAUACGUAUAUAUUGUAAAGGUUGCCAGGUAAGAAGUAGGCAUUUCUGAUUUAAUUUUGGGACGCUGAGAAUCGACAUUCUAUGGCAAACGGUUUUUUCAUUUCAUUUAGGACCCGAAGGUAGUUACAAGUAAAUCCAACGGGAACGAGAUGGUGCAGUUACCGACAGAUAUUCUUCGAGAGAAACUGGCCGAUGUUGAACUUCCCGAAGGCGAAUCGGAUCUGCUAAAGGACGAUUCAAUGUGAGUAAGAAAUCGUAAUUUAUGAACCUACCCAACCUAUGUUAGUGCGCCCACCUAACAAGUGAUUGAGAGAGAAAAAAAAGCGCUGUAUUUUGUGGGCAGCAUUUCAAAAUUUUCAACAAAAACAUCCUCCAUUAGCGCGGUAGAAUGAAAAUUUAUAGAUGAGAGAGUUAAUAUGUUUGCAUAAAAACUGCAAAAACCCUAUUGGGACAGUUCGAGUCCCAAUUUCUGUAUUUCUAUCUCUUUGCAUGUUUAGUAUCAAACUGGAGUUGGUAUUACCAGACGCCAGUAUGCCGAUGUACGGUAAAAGACACGUCGGAAGACCCGACGCACGGAAGGCUUCGCAACCAUUUUUUCAGAGCGAAGGGAUAUACAAGAUCCUGUAGAAUGCGAUGAGCAAUGUGCUUAACCGCCGUCAAAUGUCGUCGUAUUAAGAUAUCAGCUAAAAAGACACAAGAAACACCGGUAGCAAAAGAGGUCAUUCGGAAAACAUGCAAAAAAGAGUUUAUUUUUUAAGUCGGAUGUGAAAAACGAUCGGAGAAAAGUAAACAAUGAAGGGGAGGAUGUAAGCAUGUACGAAUCUCCAGAAGAUCGAUUUAGGAUAACGAAGAACUUAAACAGCGAAUGCACUAAACACAUUGACGAAUUUCAAUUAAAAAGGUUUUAAUACAAACAAAGAAUGAACGAUUAUAGGGCAAAAUAAAACCAGAAUACCGGAAUGAUGAUACUUCAUUGGGAAGAACGCCAAGGAGUCCAGGAAUGGGAGUGGGUCGUAGGUGAAAGACACACUGAACAGAUUUCUGGUCGUUAGGCAACAGGACGUUUCCCAACAACCAUGACAUGGUCCGAGCUAUCCUUCGAAACUGGAUAUACGUCUGAUUUUUAGCAGGGCGACCGGCAAUCGUGUUAUCAACAGUAUAAACUGUCAUUGGGCGAUCUCAGGUCGUCAGUGUGAAAUAAAAUAAGAUGAGGGGACAAGAUGGAACCUUGGGAGCUUCGCCGUUAUCAGGAAGAACAGUCAAUUUUCGCCUGGCAGACUGGAAAAAUUGAGCGCAAAAGGCAAAGCUAUCCCUGAACAACGAAACAUUCCGACCAGGAGAGCCGCACGUAGAUGUUUUUUGAAGAAGAGAGGGCGUGGGGUUUUGCUGAAGGCAGGGUAUUAGUCGAAAAAUUCACUUCAUACGUACGGCAAUUAUUUUCCAGCUCUCUUAGAGCAGAGUGAACCACAAGAACCACAGUAUCCAAGAUACUACGCUCGACUUUUAAUGCAAAUCGCAAAGGAUCGGAGGAAAUGGUGAUGAAUAUAAUAAUGGCAUCUAAGGUAACUCUUUAAACAAAAUUCACAAUUGCAAAGGAGCACUCAAGUCGAUGGAAGAAUUUACGACCAAAAUUAAUAAACUUCUUAGAGAUGGGAGGGAUUCUUAUUGCACGUCAAGUCUUAGACACCUUUGGCCCCAUAAGCGAUAUGUUAAUAUGACGUGUUAAUACAGAUGUUGUCUGAGAGCAGCUGAACGUUGUUGAGAAAAUAAUUAGAAUUAAACGAAUUCAAAAGAAAGAGGCGCAACUGAGCUAGUCCAAGCCGAUGACAGUGGGACAGAUGCUGCCUGUUUGCUUAGAAGAUGUUUUCAUUUGAGCUAUUGCUACAGAAUCAUGCGGAGUCCGAUUUGUUACUGCAAAAGUUUCCUUACGCCUUAGAAGUUCCAUAGGAUACAAUUUGCGCAGCGAAAAAUGCUUUAAAUGUUUACCACUUGCUAUCGAGACCCCGGAUGUGCAGAAAAUAAAAUGUGUCUUGACUUAAUACCCUGCCAUGGACCCUUGUUUAACUGAGGUCGUUGAACGCCCAUUGGAGCGUCGUUUGUCCCUGACUGUAGUAUUGCUGGAAGUGACAGACAGCCAGCUCAAACAAAAUUGACAGUUUGCCGGUCGUACCCGACGAUUAUCACCGCGUGCUCCAGAGCAAGGUGAAGCAGGUAUGGCGAAAUUCGCUUGAAUUAGUUUGUAGUGAGAGCGGACUUGUGCAACAUCUGCCCCACUUCUUCCCCCUCCGCACCAGGGCCCGGUGUCAAGAAGACUGUAGGUUAGGGAAGGUGUAGGCGGAUGGCGCGGUCGGACCUGCACCUUGGCGUAUCAGCACACGUCUGGUCCCCAACAAACAUUUGACCAGGACAUUAACGAGCAACUGCACCACAGGGGGUCAGAGGGAGGAGGAUGACUGGGAAGCCAUGCCUCCGAUCUGUGUACUUAGCGGGGACCAGGUGCCAGAGGACUGCCAUCGCGCACAAGACUGCGAGAGCAAUGGUGUGCUGAUCACAAGAAAACAGAUGCUUACAUACCUGCACUAUUGCCUAAUUUUAGUUCGAGGAACCACACAGUGGUGCCCGCACAUACCUGCAACCUAUGCUUCCAAGUUUACAUGUGGCUGUGAAUGCAAAUGGGUUCCGUGCUCGUGGCGACAAGAGGCAUUGCGUUUGAUAAAACAUACUGAAAGGUGAAGGACGGAGCCUCGAAGAUCAGCCGAAAAAUGCCCACAGGGCGCAGUUAACGGCCGGCGACUCGGGCAUUCUAAAGCGCGUCAACACGGCGGCUGUGGUAAUGCGGGCGAGGAAAUCAGAGUUUUGUACGCACCGCCUUCGUAGGGCGGCGCCACGAACUAUAAAAAACGGUGUUGACAAUUAAGUCAGUGGCAUGCAAUACCUCCCCCCCCCUAACAACCAUACCCGGCAAACUUGGAUGUUUUCACAUAUCAUGCUUCUUCACAAGUUAGUUCUUCAAAGACGGCAGAGCACGGGGACUUGAACUCCUCCCCGUAUUACAGGUGGCCUUGCGCUAAACUCCAGUAGUGUUAGGGUUAAGAAGAGGUUACCCCUCCCUAAUUCUUCUCUCCAAACAAAACGGCAGCCAGUACUCUUCGUUCUGUGCUUUUCUGUUCUUAUUUCAUGUUAGUUUUUAUCUCAUCAAAUGUCACUUUCGCUUGGAAUGAAAGUAAUAGGUUUUGCCCCUUGAAACUCUUCAAACGCUUCAUAAAAGAAGACCAUUUUAACAAGACUCUGUGUUGUCUUAAAUGACAACAGUCUAAAUUGAGCUCUCAGGUGACUCACUGCGCACAGCUGGCAAGCAUCUGCUUCGAGAACCGUCGAAUCCAGGGCAUGAGAAUGUUAUCACUCCUGCGCUAAUUUCCAGGAUGAUUAGGGUUAGGAAGGGGGAGUUUUUGCACAAAGCCGAAGGCCUCAUAUUCCCCUGUCUUAUCCCGCCAAAAUUCACGAUUUUGCCUUGGAGGGCUUAACUGACAAAUCUGUCGCAUCGGCCCCUUGCAGCUGGCGCGUUAUAAUCGACCGUAUUAAAACAAACUAUACAUAAGUCCUUCGCACUCAUCAAAAUCGGCCAAAACUUUUUGAAUAUUCAGUAGGUGUAAUGAUAAGGGUCAGUGAUGUGAGCCCGUCUCCCGAUAAUCUUUCUCUUUUAUGCUUAAUUACAUGUUAUCCGUAGUUUCACUGUACAUUCUUCGCGAAGGGCAAUUUCUAGCAGAUUCCCUUUUACCCCUACAUAAAAAGUCCUCUUGGAAUAAAAACCACCAGCGCUCUUUUAUCUGAGAUGUAAACACAGUUCCGGGUGGAAAAUUUCUAGGCUUCCUCUCCAGAGAUCACAGAGAUCCCGCAGCUAGAGAGGCAGCAGUUUAUGGAAUCUAGUUGCAGACAGGCAGAUUUUAAGCGAGAUUUCCGCCUAGGCGUCUACGGACAGAGGUAUGCCUGCCCAGAUAAUGGCAUCUCCCUUCUGACCGGUAAUAACAUCUUGGCGUCGAAUUGGUGUCCCCUUUCUCGCUCUGAGUGCCUGGCAAAAACAGCACUUUGUAGCGCCACCCAGGAGUGCCUUCAUUAGUUGCAGGGAAAAAAGGAAUUGGUUUUGCCUUAAGAGCCCUCUUUUUUUCCUGUGUCCACUUUCCUCGCCCCCAGGCUCUGGCGUUACCUCAAGGCACGCAACGGAAAUAUUGACGAGGCACAGAAGAUGAUUCGCAAAUCCAUCGAAUGGCGACGCACAUAUAAACCUCAUACAAUCGAUUGCCAGUGGUGUCAUGAGAGGCCAGGACUGCAUAGCCUUGUGAGUCCACCUUGCCCUCUUUCUAAUUAUUCUGACAACGAAACAAAUUAUCCGGUCUAG